AUGAGGGCAGGAGAGAAGCUGUGUGGAACCAGGGUGGCCCAGCUGGGUGCCCACUGGCGCUCCUCACCCGGAGGCAUGAAGGCGCGGGAGGACCACGGGGAGCGUGCGCGAGAAGGGAGUCUGCGGCACCCUGGCGGUGACGGGAAGCGGAGCUGCAGGUCUCCGGGCUGCGUGAGGAACGUGGCCCCUGCUGGCGUCUCCCUGCGGCUCGGAGGAGCACGGAGCCACGCUUCGCUCAGGCCGCUCGCCCUCAUGGCUGAGCACAGCGGGCGUGGGAGGGCCACCCAGCCCCGCUCCAUGGUUUCUCCAACAGGAAGCCUGCUCAGGGAGGUCCCAUCAGCGCAGCGCAGCUGA